GAAAAAUGGCGGACGAAGCAUAAACUAAAAUUUGUUUGGAAAAUCGUCGAUUAUUCUUCCUCAAAAUGUACGCGGCACCAUGUAGCCCGUCUUCUUCUAUAUUCAGUGAAAUGCUGGAACUCAAUGCAGCAAGAAAUAGCAGCAAACGGGACUAUUCAGAGGAGGAACAAUUAUCUGUUGGAAGUAGUUAUGAUGCUGCUAAAAGUUCACCAGUAUUUUUUGGUCGCUACGGACAAAAACUUUCCGAUUCUGUUGCUGAAAUUCGCGAAGGAGAAGAUGGCACGUCGACAAGAUCCUCAAUGUUUCCCGAAUUUGAUGCCUCCAUCAAUCAUCCCGCAACUUUUGGUUAUGUUUUGUUGGAUAGAAAACCAGUUGCGCCUCCAAAACAAGAAUCUGUACCUUUACCUCAUCCCAAAGAAUGCAGUCCCAGAGAAUACCUAGAUGCUUAUAUGUUUCCAGUUCUUUUACCAGCAAUUGAGCAAAUGCUGAUAGCUGCCAAAGAGAACAAAGUGUUUGAGAGGAGAAGAACAAAGUUUAAUGCAUGUGAUUUUUUGACGGAGUUCUUGUUCAGGAACAAUCCCAGAUACAAGGAUAGAUCUAAUGUAGUACUGGAAGACAUUCCUUUUGUGCAAACAAUACUGGCAGAGAAUCCUCGCCCUCCUUUACCAUUGUCUUUGCUUCUCAGCGAUGAGGAGGCCGCGAUCAUCAUUCAGUCAUUCUUCAGAGGAUAUCUGGUGCGCAAACAUCCAGAGGUUCAAGAGUUAAGAGAGUACCAGAAAGAAAUGAGAAAUGAAGCUGUCGACAUUUUCUUAAAAGUGGAAGACUUCUGGAAGAAGCAUCCAGUGGAGGAUGGAGACGAAGAAGAAAAGAAAGCUGAUUAAUUAUUUCUUCGAUAUUUUUGUACAGAACAAGAUACCUUUACAAAGAGCAGUUCUUAUGAAGGGAAAUAUUUAUUUCGCCAUCGAACUUGUUCGUUGCAAGUGCCAAAACGAUGAAAAUAUGAACUACCUGAUACUGUAAUUUUAUACGGUUACCACCCAUAGUAGUAACUUGAAAGAAAAAGUCAGUUUGUUGUUGUGAAUAAGUGAUCUUUAAAUAUAAAUCGACCCUAAGAAGCUUUGAUCUUGAAACGUACUCUUCUUGUUAGUGGAAGAGAGAAUGUAGGACAAAGAUUAUGGAUAUUGAUGUUAGGGUGUAAGGAGUUAAACCAGAUUCGAGGGCCGCUCUUUUAGUCAGAGUUCAUAAUAUAGUUUGUUUCUUGCCAAUUUAAUUCGAUAGUUUGUUGAAAUUAAAGCCGGUCUAAAAUAUGA